UUAACGUAGUUCGGGAGAGCCCCCAGUGGUGGCGGAGUGGAGCCCGGCUGCCCAUGCCCAGAUGGACGGCUACACAGUCCUGAGAGUGAUUGGCGAGGGCUCCUUCGGCCGGGCUCUUCUGGUUCUGCAAGACAGCAGCAAUCAGACGUUUGCCAUGAAGGAGAUCAGACUUCUCAAGUCUUCCUCUGAUACCCAGAAUUCUAGGAAAGAGGCUGUUCUGCUAGCUAAAAUGAAACACCCCAAUAUUGUUGCCUUCAAGGAGUCAUUUGAAGCUGAAGGGUAUCUGUAUAUUGUGAUGGAGUACUGUGAUGGAGGGGAUCUGAUGCAGAGGAUUAAGCAGCAAAAGGGAAAGCUGUUUCCUGAAGACACGAUACUUAAUUGGUUUAUACAGAUUUGUCUUGGAGUAAAUCACAUUCACAAGAAACGUGUGUUACACAGAGAUAUCAAGUCCAAAAAUGUCUUCCUCACCCAAAACGGAAAGGUGAAAUUGGGUGAUUUUGGCUCGGCCCGUCUUCUCUCCAGCCCCAUGGCCUUUGCAUGCACAUACGUGGGGACCCCUUAUUAUGUGCCUCCAGAAAUCUGGGAAAACCUGCCUUAUAACAAUAAAAGUGACAUCUGGUCCUUGGGGUGCAUUCUGUAUGAACUCUGCUCCCUGAAGCAUCCAUUUCAGGCAAAUAGUUGGAAAAACCUUAUCCUGAAAAUAUGUCAGGGGCCCAUCCAGCCUCUGCCAGCCCUGUAUUCCUAUAAGCUUCAAUGCCUUGUCAAGCAGAUGCUGAAAAGGAACCCUUCACACCGGCCGUCUGCCACUACCCUGCUCUGCAGAGGCAGCCUGGCCCCGCUCGUCCUGAAGUGCUUGUCCCCUCAGAUAAUCAGAGAAUAUGGAGAACAGAUAUUGGAUGAAACCAAAAUAUCUGAGCCUAAGAAAAUGAAAAUAAAGGGGACUUCAUCAGAGGACGAGAGGAGUACCGCUCCAGCAAGCCCUCACCGGCAGCGGUGGGAGACACACGUUCCCAGUUCCACUCUUGCAGCUUUGGGAAAAGCGCCCAUCCUUAACUCCAGCGUCACGGCAGAGGGUGACAGAGGUGGUUCUGUAAUAAAGUACAGUGAAAAUAACGCCCGAAGGCAGUGGCUCCGGGAGCCCCCUGAGGCCUUGCUGUCAAUGCUGAGGGACGCUGAUCUCAGCCUCGCAUUUCAAACCUACACAAUACAGAGACCAGGUGCGGAAGGACUCUUGAGAGGUCCCCUUUCUGAAGAAACAGACAGUGUCGAUGGUGAUCACGAGCCUGUCGGUUUAGAUCUGGACAGAUUUGAACCUCGGCUGGAUGAAGAAGACACGGACUUUGAGGAUGAUGAUGAAAACCCUGAUUGGGUGUCAGAACUAAAGAAGCAAGUGGAAUGGCGAGACGUAUGUGAUGGAAAACUCCUUGAAGAAUGUGCCUGAGCCAUGUGGGGAAGAUGCUGCCACCGAUGUCUGGAAAUGGAGAUGAAGGCUGAGAAAAUGUAUCCCAAGCUUAAGGAGCAUUCCAGAACCCUUGUGAGUUUUUAGCACAGGGGAGGUCUAGCAGAUGCUGUAUGCCUCACAUUCUGAGAGAACAGCCGUGGAAUGCUAGCCUGCUGGCCACAAACUAUGUGACAAUAGGAAAUGACUUCUCUGAUCCCUAAUUUUCUCAAUUAUACAGUGAGAACAACAGUGCCUACCUCAUAGGAACGCUGACCAACACAGUUACAGCAACCCGUGUGUCGUUAUCCACAAUUACUAUGUAACACUCACGUUUCCUAAAGGUUUUUAAGGAUCCAAAUAUAUUAAGUUGUGACAUAACGAUUUGUGC